AUGAAGUCCUUCCUUUUGUUAACUGUUGCCGCCACUGCUGCUGUCACUGACGCAGCAAUUACCCACCACGAGGCCAAGAGAUCAGGUACUUGUGCUUUCCCAGAUAGGGAAGGUAUGGUUGCUGUGCAAUCUCAAGGUAAGAAUGCUGGCUGGGCUAUGCACUCUGACCAGCAAUGUACUUACGGCAGUUGGUGUCCAUAUGCUUGUGGUCCAGGUCAGCUAAUGGCACAAUGGAACCCAGAAGUUACAAGUUACACUUACCCAGGGUCCAUGCAAGGUGGCUUGUACUGUGAUGAAUCCGGUGAACUAAAUACUCCAAUGCCUAAUAAACCUAUGUGUUAUGAUGGUAAGGGUACUGUUAUUGCCAAGAACAAGAUCGAUGAAGAUGUUGCCUUCUGUCAAACUGUUUUGCCGGGUAACGAAGAAAUGUUGAUCCCUACAUUGGUAGAUGGUGGAUCCCAGCAGACCUUGGCCGUGCCAGGUACUGAAUACUGGGCUGGUACUGCCGCACACUACUAUGUUAACCCUCCAGGUGUCAGCGUCAAAGAUGCUUGUGUCUGGGGUACCAAGGAAAACGCAAGAGGUAACUGGGCACCAUAUGUCACUGGUGCUAACCAAGAUGCAUCUGGUAACACCUUUGUUACUGUUGGCUGGAACCCAAUCUACUUAGAAGAAGCUACUCCAUUCAGAAACGAAAAGCCAAAAUUCGGUAUCAAGAUUACUUGUGACAAUGAAGAAGACUGUGUUGGUUUGCCAUGUGGUAUUGACCCAAGUAAGCAUGGUGUUAACGAAAUCCUAGGUUCUGGUACUACUGGAGCUGGUGGUGCUCAGUUCUGUGUUGUAACCGCCAAGAACGGUGCUAAGGCAAACGUCGAGGUCUUCUCAUUAGAAUAA